GGCAAUAUAAAAACACAAGUACCGCGGUGUCUGCCACAGUGAAAGUACUUCACUGUUUUAACACAAUGAAAGCGCGGAUUUUAACCUUUCGGAAUUGUUUUAAAUUCUCAGGAAACUAUAGACCUUGACUGUCUGUUUAAGCAAUUUCAAGUGAACAGAAGGACCGCUUAUAUCGUCUAAAUGUGGCCCCAUUUUAGACCGUUCGUUGUUUGGAUCUUCGUCUUAUAUCAUGCGACGAUAGGAUAUUGCACGUUGUUGUACAACGACUUACGACUCGCUGCGCUCUCUGUUCCUGAUUUUAGUACUUCGUUUAUACUACGUUCAAAUAAUGGAAGCGAUUCCUUUCGGGAAGUACAGACGGGACAUACGCAAAUGCCGUUUCACGUUCGUGUUUACGCGAAAGUCCUGAGUGGUGUUAAUGCUGGAUUUUGCUUCGAAGGAGUUGGAUCUGCUCAGGUUUCGGCGCGAAAAAACAGCUAUCCACACGGAGGAAUUGUUUUCGCUUACGACAGAAGUCGUGUACGGAUCUGGGCGCCUUCUGCGUUCAAGGGAACCGGGGAAAACGGUAGGGUAGUGUCGGUGGGUGAAGGUUGGGGUGGCCGGAGGUAUAGCCAAACAUGCGAUACAGCCCUUGUAGUUGUUGAUGUUUGGUAUAUUGGCCCUGUUCCUAGCUUUCAAACCAGUACGCUUUUGAACACUCAAAACCCAGAUCGGGUCUUUGUGAAGGUAGAUCACAAGCUUGGCCAGAUCCCCGAACGAGUUUUGGUAAGGGUGACCCCACUGUCGGACGACCCCCACAAACCAAGCCCCAAUGAGGGAUUUUGGUUCAAUGCUAUCACUGCCAGUCAAAAUAUAGAGAAAAAAGGCUAUGGUGGGGUUAUCUUUGCCUAUAAUGAGAAAGAAAUUCUGCUGUGGGCUCCCAGUUCUAGCACAAAGAAAACUGGAUGUGUUUUCGUUGAAAAUGGCUGGGGUGGCGAACGCCAUGCAGAAAACACCCAGAAAUGCCUUGUACACAUUUUUUUGUGGAUUGCAAAGUUCCCUGUGCCAACCUUUAAGACAGAAUGGAAAUACAUGAUGUCACAAGGCUCACAUUCCUUUCUGGAAGUUUAUCAUUCAACCAACACCUUGCCGUCACUUGUGAUUGUGCAAGGGAGAAUUGGCAACAAGGGGCUUAUCUUUGAAGGCACAGGUGUAGCUAUGUCUAUGGAAAAUAACUACAAGGGAUAUGGUGGGAUUCUAUUUGCCUACGAUGAGAACCGAAUCCGCAUAUGGUUGCCGAAGAGGCACAGGGGCUCUGAAAGUGGCCAUAGCAUUCUAGUCAAGAGUGGUUGGGGAAACAAUCAAAUGCUUCAAGAGAUUCAUAAUGUCAGAAUCAGGGUUAUCAUAUACACCUCGAAUUGCGACCCCACAAAAGAAACUAUAAUGGAGAAAGGUAUAUGCAAGUCUAUUCAGUACAACUCCUAUCAGUGGACGGCUGGCCCAUGGGGCAAAUGUUCAAGCAUUUGCAAUGAGGGAGUGAAUAAACGAGAGAUUUUAGCUUGUAGUGUGUCCAGUAAAGAGAAGGUGCUCCAAUGUGGAUUUGGUAAAAACAUGUGCAAUUGGGAACCCAACCCUUCAUCAAGUUGGUCUCGGGUCAUAGACACGAUUUCCAACACCUACCCCAACUUUGGCUGGAAUCUACCUGACAAUUUUUAUCAUGUUUUCGCAACAUGUAAUGGCUCGCAACAUCCAGUGCGGUUAGCCAGUCCUAAGUUCUCUCCAAGGCAUUCGUGUUCAUUGACAUUUCUGUACAAAAUGGCUGGGGUUCCGUCUGCUAUCUUGUCAGUACUUGUGUCUCAGGAUGACGGCGAAACCAAACCUAGUGGCUGGACGAUGCGUGAUGAUCAGGGGGAAUCGUAUUGGCGUCAAGGCUUUGUACAGCUGGCAAACUUUCCUAAACUCACUCAGAUUAUAUUCGAAUUCACCCUCGCUAGUAAACCUGAGCCCGAUUUCCCUAAGACCGUUGGGAAUGUGAGAAUCGAUGAAGUAAGUUUAGUAUGCGAGAGGAUAGAGAGGACAACUGUUGAUACAAAAGUGUGCAAACAACGCAAGGUCCCCUCUGCUGGGUGCCUUCAUCCCGCUACACAGCCUACUGUUAAAGGUCCAGCUUACGAUCUCAUCACGGCGAUGAACAGACAAGAAUACGUGAUAGCCAAGAGCCAGGAGGACGAUCUGAUCGCAAGCUAUGACUUCGACAUACGCGUUGGUGGCGAAUACUCAAUAUGGCUUUUGGCAUAUGCCACUUCCAGGCAAAAUAACGGUGUGAAGUUUAAAAUAGAUGACCUUGAUAAUUAUCCCUGGCAUACAACUUACAUUGAGAAAGGAAGGCCAAUGUGGACACAAUAUAUGUUUGAGACUUUCACUCUCAAACCUGGCGUACACACGGUACAUCUGAUGCAGUACGAGCACAACUUCAGAUUCAGUCAUCUAGCGCUCACUCCAAAGGAGCUGCUCACCUGGGUUCCUCUUGGAAUGCAAAGUCGUUAUAUCUCAGAUUCGGCUUUGAACGCCUACCCACCUUCCAGUCUUCCUGACCCUAAAUUUGGUCGCCUUAAUGGAAAUGAUGCGUGGUGUUCAUCAGAUCAUAACCCAAGCUAUGUACGAAUGGAGAUAACUCUACCUAAGCUGGCAUUGAUAUCGCGUAUCGCCGUGCAAGGUGGACAUCAGAUUAAACGUAAAACCAACAGCUACUGGGUCACCACCUUCGGAAUACAGACAUCUGUGGAUGGAGAGCAUUCAUCUUGGUACAGAGUUUCAACUGGAAAGAAACUCUUUGAUGGGAACACAGAUUCAACUGGCAUUGUGGAAAACGAGCUUCCUUUUGCUGUGCUGGCAAAGAAAGUUCUUAUUUUCCCGCUCGACUGGAGGAACUGGAUCUGCAUGAGGGUGGAGCUUUAUGGCGUUUACAUGACGGACAACAUGUGUGCGGCCGCUGGUCAGGAAACGCCGACGACUAAGAAAUGUACAGGAAAUAGGAAUUGCAGUCUGAAUGCGGAUUGUGAGCCAAUCACUAGUGAAAGUAUUAUAAAAACUGGUCUACAUGAUAGUCUGAAAAGCCGCGAAGCUUGUCAUUGCCACAAAGGUUACCAUGGGGAUAGUUGUGAAUAUAUGGGGUGUGAUCCUAACCCAUGCCGACACGAAGGAAGGUGCCAAACGGGGGAAAACAACUUUACUUGCAUUUGUGACACGGGGUACUACGGUCCUUUGUGUCAGUGGCCUUGCCCAGUAGGAAAAUACGGCAAGGAAUGUGCGCACACGUGCUUGUGUAGUCGUCAUGGUAGUUGUAACAUAGCCACGGGCCAUUGCUCCUGCGGGCCGGGAUACUAUGGGAUGCGCUGCGAACUACAGUGUCCUCGUGGGUAUUUCGGAGGCGAUUGCAAGCAGACGUGUCAAUGCAGGAACAAUGGCGAUUGUCAUCACGUGACUGGAGCGUGCAAUUGUACUUCUGGUUGGACAGGACCAUUCUGUGAUCAACCGUGUUCGAACAAUACUUGGGGUGUCCAUUGUGAAAUGAAGUGUUCGUGUUCAGAGAAGACGCUGUCAUGCAACCCGGUCACAGGAGAAUGCAUCUGCAAGCCUGGGGCGGCAGGAAAAUCAUGCUCUGAGGAAUGCCCAAGUGGUAAAUAUGGCUCGAGCUGUUCAGGAACAUGUCCAUGCAGUUCGUCUGAUCGCUGUGAACCGACGGACGGGGGGUGCACAUGCCUUGCUCCGGGAUGGACGGGAUUGUUGUGUAACCAACCGUGUCCUCAAGGUUAUUAUGGCUUGGGAUGUGAGAACCGUUGCGCAUGCGCUGAUAAUGCUGAAUGCACUUCAUCAACAGGGGAAUGCAAAUGUGGGAAUGGAUUCACAGGAGCAGGCUGUACUGUGCCGUGUUUGGCUGAUCGAUGGGGCCCUGACUGUCAGUACUCGUGUCAAUGCAGAAACAAUGAAACAUGCAACAGCGUUACAGGAGUAUGUCUCUGUCAGUCUGGUUGGCAUGGUCCUUAUUGUAACAGUCAAUGCUCCGAUGGUGGGUGGGGUACGUCAUGUAGCAAGGCAUGUAACUGCAGUGGCCAUGGUUCGUGCAAUACCCAAAGUGGCAAAUGCGAGUGUAACGCAGGAUGGACUGGGUUGGCGUGUAACGUGUCUUGUCCCAGUGGUUUUUAUGGUCGUAAAUGUCAAUACAAGUGUGUUUGUCUGCAUGGUACGGAGUGUGACCCAUUCUCAGGCAAGUGCGUCUGCCCAACAGGAUGGUAUGGUCGCACAUGCGCGCAGGCUUGCCCACGCGGCUACUAUGGCGACAAUUGUGCCGAGAAGUGCGCUUGUCGCAAUGGAGGCUCUUGUGAUCAUGUGACGGGCACAUGCUACUGUCCCGCCGGCUGGACUGGCGAGAACUGCUCGCAAAGUUGCCAGGAUGGAUUCUUCGGUCCCGGAUGCAACUCGCGAUGUCAAUGCGACCAUGGCAACGGAAAAUCAUGUGAUGCGGUGACAGGAAAGUGUCAUUGUAGUCCAGGCUAUCUUGGACCAAGGUGCAGUCGAACUUGUGAGCCCGGUCAGUAUGGCCAAGACUGCUCGGAGCAAUGUCGUUGCUUGAACGGAGCCGAGUGUCGCCCGAACGACGGCCAAUGCUUGUGCUUAGCAGGGUUCUUUGGGGACUUUUGUGGACAGCAGUGUCGUCCAAUGACGUAUGGGAUCAACUGCACCAUGAGCUGCGACUCGUGCGUCAAAGGUCAGGUUUCGUCCUGCGAUCACGUGACCGGGAAAUGCCUUUGCUUACCCGGUUUCUAUGGUUACCAUUGCGAGAACGAGUGCCCCGAGGGGGAGUAUGGUAAGGACUGCGAUGAGAAGUGUGAUUGCGCGAAUGGCGCCAGUUGCCAUCACGUGAGCGGCGAGUGCGAGUGUACCGAAGGAUUUACUGGGACCAAAUGCGAACAACCGUGUCCUGAAGGGAGGUUUGGACCCAAGUGUGUAGGUGUCUGUCUUUGUGAAAAUGGAGCCGAGUGCAACAAAGUCAAUGGGAAUUGUAAGUGUCUGCCGGGGUACACGGGUACCCGAUGUAUGGACCAGUGUCCAGAUCGCCGGUGGGGUCUAGAAUGCCGAAACAAAUGCUCAUGCGAAUGGAACCAGACGAUGAGGUGCCGUGGUGAUACCGGACAAUGUCUGUGCCACUCUGGGUACAGGGGAAAGACCUGUCGACAGUUCUGUGAUGAUGGAACAUACGGACAAGGCUGCAAACACCCAUGCCCAGCAUGCGCUCGCCACGUGACAGGCCCGUGUUACAAGAUAGAUGGUCGUUGUCCAUGCUCCCACGGAUUCCGUGGCCAUCUAUGCGACAACGACUGCUUGUUGAAAAACUACGGUAAAAAUUGCGAAAAUCGUUGCGAAUGCGAGACCGAUCACGUGUGCCACCACGUGAACGGCGCAUGUCAUCCGGUGCACGUUGGGAAAUUUCAAAUCAUGAUCAAAGAAAACUUCACGAAUUUCGAUGAAUUGCAACGCCGGAAGCAGCUGAAAAUACACCUAGCCACCUUAAUAUCAAUGUACUAUCACACCUACGAAGAAUUACGUCAUUUCAAGAGACGUCAAACUCCGUCCCAAUCCACGCGCGAAUACCUCAAUACCACCUUCACAACUUUGCCGCAAGUGAAGCGUACCACUCAGCCCAAAAGCGGACACGAUUUUGUCAGCCGAAUUUUAGAUCUCUCUCCUGGUCGCUCCAAAGAUGGCUCAGACGAUUUAGUUAUUGUGAAUUUAGUAAUGUUUGAUAAUCACGUUCUGCUCAAUGGCAGCAUUGUGAAGGAAGUGAUUUCGUCUAUUGAUGAAGAUGACAUCAGCGAAAUGAUUGGGAGUGUUUAUUACUCAGGCGAAUUGUAUUCUGAAGCAUCCGCCACGGAGUCGGUUUAUGUACAACUCAUCACUGGCCUUGCAGGAGGUCUAGUGUUGUUAUUCCUUCUCACAUGCACAGUCUUAAUGUACCGAAAACGUCGUCGGCGUUUAAAGAAAUUAAAAUCCGAAAAGAAACGACAGCGCGAAGCUGAGAGCGAGAUGGAAUUAAAAACCAGAGGCUUCCGCCAUAAUGGCUACAGACUGGCGUUUGAUAAUCCGUAUUAUGACGUGCUCGCUGCCAUGGCAAUCGAUGACGAUGUCGAAGAGGACUACAUUAAUCCGCUGUGUGAUUUAGACAGUCUCAUGAGCCAUCAGGAAAGCGAUGGUACUGUCAGCAGCGCCACGGAAUGCAGCAUGCACAAGGGAGAGAGCUUGCAGUCUGUUUCGUAUUGCUAAUGCCUGCCUUCAUAACCGAAGAACUGGACGUUAAGAUGACGUAAUUGCAGGUCAAUGACGCCAUGUGGCGUCACUUUUGUUAUGAUGACGUUUUGUAAAGCAUGACAUUAAAAUGUAAGAUGAUGAUAGGUCGAGAAUCUAGUGUAACUGUUAUGAUGACGCAAUAAUAGUUACCAGGACUUCAAUGGUAUUUUAAGCGACACAUAACGGCUUAGUAGUUGAAUGACCUUAGCUUCUCGUUAUUUAUAGUGCCUCUGAUAGUGCGUUUAUUUAUAAUUAGUCUAAUAUCACUAAUAAUGGCUAAAUGGUCAGGUUUAUAACAUGUAGUUAGCACGAACCACACGCAUGAAAACGCACGUGACGAGCAUAGACUUGUACCAUCGCGGACUCAACACUUGUCAUCCAUAGGAAAUAUCGUUUAUCCAAUUUUCGGCUGAAUUGUCCUCAAAUUAAACAACUUGCCACAAGAUUUUCAGCGUUGGGUUAGACAAGGGUAACGUAACAUUGUGGUGCAACAUGUUUGCAAGAUAUUCCCACUACAUGCAUUCAGAUCGAUGUGAGGUUUCCGGGAGGGAGUGUGAGAUACAUCAACCUGUGAAAAUGGCCUUAAUAUCUGAAAUGGUCCAAAAUGGUUAUGCUAACUACUGAAUUAUAUGCCCGCCUUUCAGUUCUGCAUAAUCGUUUCUACUGUAUUUAACAACACUUUUAUAUAUUUAAGUCUUAUUCUGGUUCCAGUGCAUAUUUGUUUUAAGUUCGAAGCCAGUUUUUACAAACGUAGCUUAGUACUAAGGUGUAAAAUUUAGUCGAAAUAAUUCUGACACAAGUUAGAUUAUAUAUUAUUGAAAAUUGUAUCAUAGCCAUCCAUCGUAGCUUUACAAUAUUUGAAUUAUUUGACCUAUUUUUUCGUAGAAAAUAUAAAAAUGUAGCAGAAUAAAAUA